UCUAAACUAUGCUAUGAUGUAGAAAGAAGAAAAAGGCACAGAAUAGGCGGGGCGCCGUUCACACGAGAGUCGGUUGGUUCCUGUAUCCCUGUCCCCGCCUUCCCUCGCCGUCAUGUCGAUAUUCCUGGUGAACACCAACGUGCCCCGCGCCUCUGUGCCGGACGGGCUCCUCUCCGAUGUCACCCAGCAGCUGGCGCAGGCCACGGGCAAGCCGGCGCAGUACGUCACGGUGCACGUGGUCCCGGACCAGCUCCCGGCUUUCGGGGGCUCCAGCGAGCCGCGCGCGCUCUGCAGCCUGCACAGCAUCGGCAAGAUCGGCGGCGCGCAGAACCUCUCCGACAGCAAGCUGCUGUGA